AUGAAUGACGAGAUUCACUUCCUUGCAUCGGCCAAGCAACUGGCCAAGACAUGGCCACGCACGACGUCUCUCUUGGCACCUUGGACGACAGCCUUCACUCUCGCACCAGUCGUUGUCGCGCCAUCAAUCGGCGCGGGAUCGCACACGCUGGGCUACUUUGUCCAAUACGAUCUGACGUUCACGUGCCCAAUCACGUCACGAUCGUGGACCCUUCACACGCGCUACUCGCUGCUGCUCCAACUCCGCAUGCAAUUGGCGCAGCUCCACGCUGCGAUGCCGUCGCGAUCCCUUCCCCACGUGCUCCAGCUGCCUUUUCCCGCCAAGACGUGGGACCCGGAGAGACCACGUAUCAUUGCCGAGCGCAUGAGGCGUUUUCAGACCUUUGUCGAACAUCUCUGGAGCUUGUACGCGAGCUGCGUUGUGCCGACGGCUGGCGCGCCAAAGGAAGCGGACGACGUCGUUCAAUGCCUUCGCGCGUUCUUGUGCGUGCCGGAGGCUGUGCUAGCGAUCUCGGUGCGCCGUAUCAACGAGAUGCCCCAGGACAUGGACCCGUGCGUGGUGUGCUUGGGUGAGUUUGCCGUUGACGAUUUGAGCUGCCCGUCGACAGUGCUCGAGCUAGCGUGCGGUCAUGUCUUCCACCAAGCUUGCCUUCAGCAGUGGUGUGCGGUGGCGGCAACCUGUCCGACGUGUCGAUGCGAUGUGGGGUACAUGUCGCUCGUAGAAAUAUAA